ACCAUGAAGCUGAUGAUUGUUGCUUUGCUUGUCGCUGGUGCCUACGGGUGUGGUGUGCCCACCUUCCCCCCCUCCACAAGCAGGGUGGUGGGCGGAGUAGACGUGCGUGAGAACAGCUGGCCAUGGCAGGUGUCCCUCCAGUACGACCUCAGUGGUUUCCACCACAGCUGUGGUGCAACUCUGCUCUCUGAGGAGUGGAUCAUGACUGCUGCUCACUGCAUCACUUCAGGCCGCAUCUACAAGGUCUAUCUGGGCAAGCACAGCCUGAAGGAUGACGAGGCCGGUUCUGAGUUCAUCAGUGUCGCUAAGGUCAUCUACCACCCGAAAUGGGUUUCCUCAAGUGGCAUUUACGACCUUGCCAUGCUCAAGUUGAGGACCCCUGUCACCUUCUCUGACUCCAUCAAGCCUGCCUGCCUUCCCAAGUUCGAGCAGAUCCUGCCCCAUGACACACCCUGUUACGUGACCGGCUGGGGACGUCUCUCCACCAACGGAGCCGGCGCGGACAUCCUGCAGCAGGCUCUGCUCCCCAUCGUGGAGCACGCCACCUGCAAGAAGAACGACUGGUGGAGCGUCAUGGUGACGGACAAAAUGGUCUGCGCAGGAGGAGAUGGGGAGCGCAGCGGCUGCUUUGGAGACUCUGGCGGCCCCCUGAACUGCCAGAACCCUGAUGGCUCCUGGGCGGUUCAUGGUGUGUUCAGCUUCGGAUCUGGACAGGGGUGCAACGUCGUCAAGAAGCCCUCCGUCUUCACCCGCAUCAGCACCUUCGUUGACUGGAUAGAAGAUAUCUUAAAUCCCCCAAAACCCGACGGGUGUGGUGUGCCCACCUUCCCCCCCUCCACAAGCAGGGUGGUGGGCGGAGUAGACGUGCGUGAGCACAGCUGGCCAUGGCAGGUGUCCCUCCAGUACGACCUCAGUGGUUUCCACCACAGCUGUGGUGCAACUCUGCUCUCUGAGGAGUGGAUCAUGACUGCUGCUCACUGCAUCACAUCAGGCCGCAUCUACAAGGUCUAUCUGGGCAAGCACAGCCUGAAGGAUGACGAGGCCGGUUCUGAGUUCAUCAGUGUCGCUAAGGUCAUCUACCACCCGAAAUGGGUUUCCUCAAGUGGCAUUAACGACCUUGCCAUGCUCAAGUUGAGGACCCCUGUCACCUUCUCUGACUCCAUCAAGCCUGCCUGCCUUCCCAAGUUCGAGCAGAUCCUGCCCCAUGACACACCCUGUUACGUCACCGGCUGGGGACGUCUCUCCACCAACGGAGACAACACGGACAUCCUGCAGCAGGCUCUGCUCCCCAUCGUGGAGCACGCCACCUGCAAGAAGAACGACUGGUGGAGCGUCAUGGUGACGGACAAAAUGGUCUGCGCAGGAGGAGAUGGGGAGCGCAGCGGCUGCUUUGGAGACUCUGGCGGCCCCCUGAACUGCCAGAACCCUGAUGGCUCCUGGGUGGUUCAUGGUGUGUUCAGCUUCGGAUCUGGACAAGGGUGCAACGUCGUCAAGAAGCCCUCCGUCUACACCCGCACCAGCGCCUACGUUGACUGGAUCAAUAGAAUCAUGACCCAACACUAAAGAGUGGAUCUACCGCACAGGGCGGAUCUAGAGAUUUUCAUUCGGGGUGGCAAUGGGGUGGCAGAAGGAAGUUGUUGGGUGGCCUCCUGGAGGAAAAUCAAACCCAAAGUAGGGGGGUACAGUACUCCUUAUGGUAAAUGAUUAGGCUAUAACAUGUAUUUUAAAUUAAACAGUAACAUUAAUGUUAUUUUUUUAAAUGUUAUGUAAUGUACAAAUAAUAUUUUUCCAUGGGAAGAUUGGGGUGGCAGCUGCCACCCCUUGCCACCCCUUAGAUCCGCCACUGCUACCGCAUUCCUUCUGUUAAUUAGGUUCGCAUCAAAUAAAAAACAUAUUCUGUGCA